GUGUGCAGAAGUCCUGCUAGUCUGGUCCUUGUUCCCGUCUGGGUACCAGCUUCCUUCAGCUGGGCAGGCAGAGGUGCAGAAGGCCAGCGGAAGGAAGAGUCAGCUUGCUGGGAUUUUGCAGGUCUGUUCUUAGCACCGCCCAAGGUUAGAAAAGUAAGAGAAAGAAACGGACCGGAUUAGACCCGGAAGUAAUUGCAAAGAUUAGACAGGAAAAAGGGUGAGAAGCAGACCCAGGCAAAAUGAAACCCUGUCAGAAAAUCGAAGGAAAUCCAGAAAAUGAGAAUGAACCCAAGCCUGAGGAAGAGCCAAAGCCUGAGGAGAAGCCAGAAGAGGAGGAAGAACCAGAGGAGGAGGAGAAUGCAGAGGAAACCUUUAGAGAAAGGCUCAUUCAGUCUCUCCAGGAAUUUAAAGAAGACAUACACAACAGGCAUUUAAGCAAUGAAGAUAUGUUUAGAGAAGUAGAUGAGAUAGAUGAGAUAAGGAGAGUGAGAAACAAACUUAUUGUGAUGCGUUGGAAGGUUAAUCGAAACCAUCCUCACCCCUAUUUAAUGUAGCUUACCUUGAUUUCUAUUUUAUCCGGUAUUAGCAUUGCCAUAGAGCUUUUUUAUUAGCAUUUUCCUGGUAUAUCUUUGCCCAUCUUUCUACCUUUAAUCUAUUACUGUUAGUGGUUUUAGAUGUAUCUCUUGUUAUCUACAGUUCAUUGUUUAUUGUAGUUGGAACCAAUCUACAAAUCUUCUUUUAAAAGGAGAGCUUUACUGACUUGUAAAAAAAAUGUGGUUCCUGAUAGGAUUUAAAAUGAAAAGAAGUUACUAUGAAAUAUGCAAAUACCAUAUUUUUGAAAUCUAAUAGUACAUUUGUAUAAAUAUUACAUAUAUACACGUAAAACUUUGUGAAGAAUGAAAGAUGAAAAGUACAAUCUCGGUGAUGGGAUUAUUAAUGAUUUUUUUUCUUCUACUUGUUUGUAUUUUCCACACUCCUACAAUGGAGACACAUUAUGGUUGCUAAAAUAAUAAAAGUUUUAUAACUAAAAGAAGCAGCCAAUA